AUGCAAAAGUUGACUCAAUAUAAGAAAGCAUCUUAUUGGAAUGAGCGCUUCAGCAACGAAGAAACGUUUGAAUGGAUUGCUGAAUGGGAUCAAUUUGCACAUCUAAUUUUACCCCAUCUUGAUGCUAAUCAUAGGUCAGUGAUAAUUAUGCACUCAACCAGUUUUAUUUUUGAUUUCUUUGGAAAUAUUUAUGUAGUUGAAAUCAAUGGCAGAAUAACAAUGAGCAUGAAAUGGAUUUGUGAUGAUAUUCGAACACUCUCGAAAUUGGAUGAUCAAACUUUCGAUAUUGUUAUUGAGAAGGCGACUAUUGAAGCGUUAACAGCUGAUGAAAAGAGUGCAUGGAGUUAUUCAAAUGAUGCGUUAAGGGAUAUUGAUGCUGUUUACAAUUCUGUUUUUCGUACACUGGUCAAUAAUGGAACAUUUUUUUCGAUAUCAUUCACUCAACCGCAUUUUCGUGUACCUCUGAUCAUGAAGGAUCGUCACUGGAGUUGUUGUGUGCAAGAAUUCGGUGAUUAUUUUAGUUUUUUUUGUUAUCGAUUGAAGAAGUGUGAUGCACCGAAUUGGAGUGAUUUAGAACGUUAUCUCAAUGUGGGAUUGGUAGUAACGCCCAAUUUGGAGAAGGUGAAUCAUCGGCUGCCCUCGGAAAGUGGUACGUUCCGUCCCGAGAAACUACCGAAAACGGGAGAAGACUGCUUGACACCUGCGGAAGUAGAGGACUGGUAA